CGGUGACGUAACUCGGAAGGCGGGUCGAGUCGCAGUGACAUAUACGGAAGGGCACGUCACGCUCCUUUGCAGAGCAGCUGCCGCCGCCGAGUCUCCAAGAGGUGCAACUUCAGACCUGGCAGGCGGGCUCUCCUUUCUCUUCAUCUUAAAAAAGUUUGCUUGAAAAGGGAGGACCAUGUCUUGGAUAAAAGAAGGAGAUUUGUCCAUCUUGGAGAGAUUCUGUGCCAGUGUGAUAAAGGCAGGCCCAAUGCCCAAGCACAUCGCCUUCAUCAUGGAUGGCAACCGCCGUUAUGCUCUAAAACACAAAGUGAAAAAAAUAGAAGGACAUUCACAGGGAUUUGCAAAACUAGCACAGACACUGCAGUGGUGCUUGAGUCUGGGUAUCAGGGAAGUCACAGUCUACGCCUUUAGUAUUGAGAACUUCAAGCGAUCCCAGGAAGAAGUGGAAGGCCUGAUGGAGCUGGCAAGGCAAAAAUUUACCCGUCUUCUAGAAGAACAGGAGAACUUGGAGAGACACGGUGUGUGCGUUCGUAUCCUCGGGGACCUGACCCUCCUGCCGAAAGAUAUCCAGGAACUAAUUGCCAAAGUUGUGCUGGCAACGAGGCACUACAACACGUGUUUUUUGAACAUUGGUUUUUCAUACACAUCAAGACAAGAGAUUAGCAAUGCAGUGAAAGAGCUGGCUUGGGGAGUCGAGGAAGGACUGCUUCAACCCAGUGAUGUAUCGGAGUCGCUGAUCGACAAGUGCCUGUAUACAUGUAAAUCUCCUCAUCCAGACAUCCUAAUAAGGACUUCCGGAGAAGUCAGACUUAGCGAUUUCAUGCUCUGGCAGACAUCUCAUACAUGCUUGGUUUUCCAGUCUGUGUUGUGGCCAGAUUACUCCUUCUGGAACUUGUGGGAGGCUGUCCUUCAGUUCCAAAUGAACUACAAUGCUUUGCAGAAAGCCAGGGAUUUGUACAUGGAAGAAAGGAAGUGGCAACAGAUGGAAAAUGACAAGAUCUGCGUGCUGGAGAAACUGAAAGAGGAAGGUUCUGCAUCAUGUGCAGAUGCGCAGAGACGGCGGACUCUCCUCCAGGAAUGCAGAGCUAAACGGGAAGAGAGAAUCCAGAGUUUUUUGCAAGCCCUGGAGAAUAAGCAAAUGGACUUCCUAGAAAAACUGAGUAUGGCAUCAGCAUGACAAAAAGGAACUUGUAGGGCCAGGAGUCGGGUGCAGGAGGUGAAGGACAUGAAUCAAGUUACAAACAGUCCAGCUGCUGCCGGUGGUCUUCACUUGUUAAUGGGAAUGUAAAGUUUUGUUUCCCUUUUUGUUCUCAGUAGACAUAUACAAGACUUUACCACCUCUGUGUUUCUGGUUGUUAAUCAAGCUUUGGUUGGGGAAGACGGUGUCUGAAAUAAGUUUAUGCUUCCUGAAUUCCAUGUGGGUUUAUAAAGGUAACCAAACAAAGAGGUAUUGGGUGUGGAAUUGGUUAAAUAAAGGACAACCUUGAGUAGA